CUGAAAUGCAAAGCAAAUAGUUUUCUUCCCUUUUUUUAUUUUCUUUCAUUCAGUUUUCACUGCAUCACAGGUAAUCGAAAAUUUCUAUUCAGCAAGGUUUCCCGGCCAAGUUUUCCCAAACGACAACUGCAUUUUUCGAGCUUCUCAGUCACUGUAUGGACGACCGCAAUAUUCGCAAAAGGCGCUCGAGCCACGAGCCUCCUGCUGCUGGUCACCUUGCUGUCGGCCUCGUUGCGGCACCUGUCGUCGCCUCGGCACGUCGCACUUUGUCACGACUUUAUUGUAUAGAGGGGUACCGGGGGCUGUCUUCACGUCUCAAAAUUGUGUGCAGGAAGAACUUAAAUCUUGCGAAUGUUGGGCUGCGUAUGCAACGCGUCUGGAUGAAAGAAUGGACACUUCCCACAUAAAUGACAGAAUGAUUGCGGAACUCCUUCAAGGGGACGAAGAGUAUGAGUUUAUCAACAUGGCACAGUGUGGCACAGCGGGCAUCUCUCCCGAAGUAGAUGUUGAGAUUGCCCUAGCUGUUGAAAGGGCCCUUGAAAGUGAUGGCUCUGGCAUAAUUCUUUACGACACCAGGGAACAUUCACCUCAUCUAGACAUACCAACUCGACCCACAAGUGCCCCUGCCCAAAACAGCCCUUGUGAUGUCACAAAUGAUGAAGUCCUUGCGAGGGUUCUCCAGGCCUUGGAGAAUGAAGGUAGCUCUGAAGAGGAGGACUGCACCGUCCUACGAGAACGUGCCCCUUCUCCAGCAGAUAACCAGCAAUCACUCUUAGGUGACUUGUUCUUGAUUGACGAGGAAGCCAAUUUCCAACGUCCAGGAACACCACCACCACCUUCUUGGCUGAUGGGUCAGACGUCUUCCCCUUUUGAAGAGAAGCCAGAUGAUGAACUGGAGCAGUGUGCCAUAUGCCGUGAAAGGUUCAGUGAAUGUGACAGCCUACAGCAAGUGAGGUGCGGCCACUUGUUUCAUCCAACGUGUAUUGGCCCCUGGCGGAGGCAGCAGGAAACGUGCCCGGUGUGCCGUGCUGGAAUUUAAACUCUGAACUGAAUACUCAAGCACGUUUGUGAAAUUGGUGCACGUCCUUCCUGCACAAGGCUUACGCUCUUCCAACAUCUGCCUCGCAAGAAGCAUUUCAAUGCACACUUCCCAAAAUGUGCUUUCUCAAUAUGUCAGCUUUAUUUCCUAUAGUUUUGUUACGAUGGGCAAGACAUGUCCUUAAUAUGAUUUUUUAAGAUAAGUGGGUAUGAAGGUCAUAGAGAGCUAAUUUUGUUGAUUUUCUCUGCAGUGAUUGUAAGUUUGCAUGGCGAUUUGCUUUGCCUGACAAUUAUGAAUAUAGAUAGGUUAUCACUAUACCUGGUGGAAUGGACGCAAAAGAACUUGAAGAAAUAGUUUGGCGGUCUUAAUGUUCACGGUACAUGCUGUGCAUCCUGCUUUUGCAAUAAUGUAAUUUCAAAUUUAACAAAUCUGCAGCUGACAAUUUGUGAGGCAAGGUAAGCUAAACAGUUUCACAUGCCCACCUUCCUAUGUAUACCUCUAAUCCCUCCAAUCCCUCUAACCUUUUAUGUGAAUUAAAUAUCAGUUUCACAUUGCAACAUUUGAAUAGCCUACUGUUGAAAGUUUACCGGUAAAAUAUAAGUGUUAAAGGGCAGGCAGAGGGUAGAAUGGUCUUCGCACUGGGAACUUACUGGAGCUAGCUUAGUUUUACCUCUUUGUCUGCUUCUAGGACGAAAUGCGCACUGUAUACCUUAUGGGCUUAGAAAAAAAGUACUGAAUUGCAAUUAGUAUUAAUUUGUAAACAGGGCAGUUUAAAUCAAAUGGGUACAUCCAACCUUACUUGACAUAUUCAGGUGCAUUACAUUCAAUAGCACUGUGUUAAGAUCAUGUUCUGAUCACUACUGUCGAGAAGCGUAAUUACUUAUGCAUUAUAGAUCGCAAAAGCUUUCUCGUGGUGGAGCAGUGUGCAUGACAACUUGCCUUUAUAUAGUACUUAGUUUUAUUGAACGACCUUCAUACCCUCUUUCCACUGAGCUCCAGUGUUGCAAAGAAGCAAUAUCAAAGUUUGGGAAUAUUUUACAUUGACUCAAAUCACCUGCGUGAUGCAUAUCAUUCUCAUCUGCUAUUCCAAAGUUGUGCAUGAUGCUGCAGAUCCUGGUUGCUCUCGUGAAUGAAUGAAUUUUUUUUUUCUUGUUGCAGAUAUAAACUGGCACUUACACAGUAUGAUAUAUUUUGGUAGGACACACCAUUUAUGUUUUGUAACUGGAAAGUCAAUGCAGUUUCUGGAGUACGUAAACUGCGGCCUCUGUCAUGUGGAACAUGCAAAAAAUUUUUUUUUCUGAAAUUUGUGACUGCAUCUUAAUUGGAAUUAACGUUACUUUUACUGAGCUCCUUGAAACAUUGCAAUUCAGUAUUUCACAGUGCACAAUUAUUCAAAUACCAUGAAUACUUUACCACAGGUUUAUAUGGGACAGCAGAAUAUACUCUGGGCUAUAUACUAUAUAUCCAACCAACUGGGCAAUAUACUAUAUCCAACGUAAACAACGAGAGAUGGGUUCUAACACCCAGAAAUUAAUAAAUUCAAACAACUCGAGGGGAAAAGAGGUGCUGAUGCCAGGAAUCGAUCAGAAGACCUGGGCUCGAUUCCUGGCGUCAGCACCUCUUUUUCCUGAGUUGUUUGAAUCUUAUACAAGUCUGUCACAAGUUUCAUGCAAGAACUAAAUGAAGUUUGUGACACAUACCCUACCAUGUAUGCAAUAGUUUCAGCUUAGGCUGGAUCAGACUGUGGGGGAGAAGCAAAGUAAUGUACUUUGGUUUUGUGCCAAAAUUGUCCUACUGUAAUUUCUAGUCAUUUUGGUGCACUUUCCCAGAACUGUUACACGUUAGAUUUUGGGGACAACCAUAAGUAAGUGGGUUUGUACCUCAGUCAGUUGGCAUGCUGGUUCAGUACAGUAUGUACAUGUUUUUUUUUAUUAAUCACAGAUGUCUUAUAAAAAGAUAUGAGAGCAUCGUAGAUGUCGGUUUUGCCGUUGAGUUUAUAUGGCUAGAUGGACAUCCUCUCAAAGAGAGUAGUAUGUAACUUCUGGAUGACUAAAUACCUAAAAUUUGUUAACGCUUUCGGGCUAAAGUGAAAUAUCAGAAUGGGGAACACUCCUCGUUGAAAGCCAUGCUAUCUUUUAAAAAUCGUGAAACGAACAUGUGCGCCGAAGUUUGCUAUGCAAAUGAGCCAGAACCAAAACCUUGUACCUCAGGAGUGCGUGUCCUUCUCUGGGGCACAAAGUGGCUGAUCUGGUCAGCAGGUCGACACAUGCUCUGACAAUCCGUUGCUCCGAAGCACAUGGCCUUCUGGCAUGGAAUGAGUGCUGUCCUCCCUGCGCUCCCGAUAUGUGCAGCUUUGGUUUCGACUCAUUUGCAUAGCAAUAUUGGGCGAUGGAUAUUUAAAGUUAGAAAGGCUUCCAGCGAUUGUCUCCCAUUCUGUUGUCCCAUUUUUGCAGGAAAGCACCUACUUAAAUGCGCAAAUUUAUUUAUUUUAGGGAAUUGUUCAUCUAGUGUACAUACUCUCUUCGAGAGAAUGUCUACCUGGCCGCAUAACUCACCUGCAAAAAUGGUACAGUCAAACUCCUUUACAACGAAACUCAGGGGACAGCAAAAAAAAUUCGCAGUAAAGGUAUUUUCGUUAAAAAGGAUGUCUAUUAUUGGACCUAUAGGCUCCAGCGGGACCGCAAAAAAAAUUUGCUGUAGUGGUAUUUUCGUUAAAAAGGUGUUCGCUACAAAGGAGUUUGACUGUAUGUAUUCUGCUCGAAUGGCUUUUUAUUGAAAAUCUGUAACAAAUGAAGGAGACAGCAUGCAUGCCAAUGAAGCAGUUUUUCUUUCGUAAAGAUUGUGUUGUAUUUUGGAAGUACCUGACUUCCAGUUGCCCACUGUCUGGUUUGAGUGCAUAUUAAUCGUCCUUCCAAUGAUUUGAUUCUUCAUGUAUGCUCACGUUUGCAUCUCUCUAUGAAGCAGGAAACUGUAGAGCACGUUAGUUCAGUGAGACAAAGAAUGCAAAGAAGUCAGCUCUGGCACACAGACUUACCCAAAUGAGGUACUUGUUUGUGUCCCUCCUUGAUUCGUUGCAUUCCUGGUGUGCUCUGAACCACCUUCUACUAUAUUUACACGGGUUCGGAGUUUUUGAUUGACGAUCAUAUCAUGAGAGCUCAUAUCAGUGUAUCUUAUUGUGUAAGGACGUUUCAAGUGUCAAAAUAUGUUACGAGUGUGAGCAUUUAAUUCCUUGAGCUGUAGUCAUGUUUGCGAGCACAUCAUGUGCAACUUACUUUUGUUACAGCCCCUUGGCUACUUAUCCCCUGAACUCUCAGAAUGCAUAUUUGUUAAGGCACACACAGAUUAAUAUGAAGUAAAGUUCGAUUCAUAGAGUAUUUAUGAGGAAAAAUUGUUGAGUGGUUCGCAGAAGUAUCAAUAGUGUCUGCGAACAGAAGCACAUGUUCUAUUUACUGUUUUAGACACACAACAGCAUACAGAGUGUAUAGGCGUCUAGCAAAUCGUUUACAGCAGGAAGUACAGUUCAGUAUUCAUAGGGAUAAGUAUAAUGUAUGUUUACACAGUACAUCGUAGUAACAUAGUUGUGAAGAAACAUGGAGAUCCAGUGUUUUUUCUGUCGUGUGUGAUGGGCAUUCACUUGUAUCAGAGUAAUUUUGAGGUGCAGCAUGCUUUCACAUGCACCUCCCCUAUAGGUUUAGGACUCAUGAUGCAGGCUAGUUUGAAAGUGUAAUCUUUGUGAUGCACUACCUGCUGGUGCACUGCACAUACUUUUAUUUACCCCCUAUUCUGCGAGCUCAUGUUGAUCAUUGCUUCGAACUGGCCGCAAGUGCCGAAGAAAACCUCCUCUCGUUGACCAAUCCAAGCUUUGGAAUAUUUGUACCUGUCAGUAGUUGCAUUUUUCUCUUACUCAACUACAUUUUAAACUUUGCUGUUCAAAAUAUAUUUGUUAUUUUUGCAUCCCUUGCAUCUGAAUCAUUGAGGCAUUUGAUAAAGUGGAUGUUGGGCUGUGACUGCAUUGAUUAUGCAGCUAACUAGCACCUCUCUCCAUUGCAUGGAAUCUCCUUUUUAUUGUUAACGUGUGGAAGGAAAGAUUGUUUUUUACUGCCGGAAGGUAAGAACCCUGAACGAAGAGAACAUGAGGGGAUAGGUCAUCUUCUCGUUUAUCCAUACUCGUGAGUAGAACUCAGGACAAGUGCUCACUAUUUAUGUGAUCAUAAGGGGAAUGUGUUCUAUGAACUCCAGUUAUGUCCUCUCAGUUCAGUACUGUGUCCCUUGCUCUGUGUAAAUCAAGUGACACAACUGUUGUGCCAAAUUAUAUGUCGUGUGUUAUGCAAGUACAAUGGAGAUUAGUGAUUGUGGGUGGUGAACCAUACUGACUCAAGCACUGUUUGUCCUGGGUCGUAAUGCCGUGACAGAACUGUAGACUGACAAAAUGAUAGCAUUCUCCUAUCAUGUAAGAAUAGGAAUAAAAACGAGCCAAAGCAUUACUAGUUGGGUUAGAGCUCUUUUUGUCAACAUCAAAAGUGCUGGUAUGUAGACUUCCAGUAUUUGUUUCAUGGUAUAUAGAGGGUUGGCAAAUGCACAGAGAACACAUCACUGUUUCCCUGGUCGAUUGUUUUUGCUGUCAUGCACUGCUACCUAUAUGGUUUGGUAGGUUUAACAUUUGUCAGGUCUUCAAGGUUGCGAGGUUUAUUUGUACUGAUGGAGCAAUCGAAAUAAAGUCCAUGACGCAACAGA